AUGACAUCAUUCGGAGCGACGGAAAUCAUCCGAGACAGUUAUAUGCCCACCUUCAAAGUACAAGGUCAGGUAUAUCAUCGCGCUGGGUCUCUUUUGCCGCUACCGGGGGCUGAUCACCAAUUCCUCCAGAUUUAUUUCAUGGGCGACACAAACGAGCAAAUCGAUCAGAGGCGUCGUUUCCUUAGUGGAACAAUCCGUGAGAUUGUUGCAGAUUUACAGGACAUGCUGCAUCGGCACAACGAAUUAGUACGAGUGUUCAGAUCUUCUCUUGAGCUCAUGCCGACAGAUGACUAUGUGGUUGUUAUCAAAGCUGAUAAGACGCCAGUCGGAGAACACGACGGGCGAUUCAAUGCGCCAACAUCGGAUGAAGUGGCUAUCGUAAUUGUUGGUGAAGAAUUCAACACACGAAACAUAGUCCUUCGUCGCAGAGACGGCUGUCUUAAGAGAGUUUCGGAAACCCAUCGCUCCUUUGAUGCUUUGCAGUAUCCGCUUUUAUUCUGGCAAGGCGAAGAUGGUUAUCAUUUCAAUCUGAGAAUGAGAAAUCCAGGAACGGAUGAAGAGACCAGUAAGAAGGUCAGUGCCAUGAAUUACUACUCAUACCGGAUAAUGAUACGCGAUAACGCAGAGAAUCAUAUCCUGUUUUGCCGACAAUUAUUUCAUCAGUAUAUUGUUGAUAUGUAUGCGAAAAUCGAAACCGAAAGACUCCUGUUCAUUCGAUUGAAUCAAACCAAGUUACGGUCAGAGGGAUAUGUUCAUUUACGAGAUCCGAUUGCCUCUGAUGUUGAUCCCAAUCAUCUUGGGAAGGUGGUGAUACUGCCGGCAACUUUCAUGGGGAGUCCUCGCCAUAUGCAUGAGUAUUCGCAGGACGCAAUGACGUAUGUUCGCAAUUACGGUCGCCCCGAUUUAUUCAUCACGAUAACAUGCAAUCCAGCUUGGGAGGAAAUCAAAGUUCAUCUCUCAUCUGGACAAUCAGCCUCAGAUCGGCACGAUUUGAUCGCGCGAGUCUUCAAACAAAAACUGAGAGCUUUCAUGGAUUUGAUUGUAAAGAUGCGGGUUUUCGGGGAAACUCGCUGUUGGAUGUAUUCAAUCGAAUGGCAGAAAAGAGGAUUGCCACACGCGCAUAUAUUGAUAUGGUUGAUCAGCAAAAUAACACCUGAUAAAAUUGAUCAAGUUAUUUCAGCUGAGAUUCCCGAUAAACACACAGACCCUGAAUUAUUCGAAGUAGUCAUCAAAAAUAUGGUUCAUGGUCCUUGCGGUGUUUUCAACACCAAGUCUCCUUGCAUGGAGGAUGGGUUCUGCACCAAACGGUAUCCGAGGGAACUACUCGCAGAGACUAUGACUGGAAAUGAUGGCUAUCCCUUGUAUCGUCGACGCUCAGCGGAGGACGGCGGGAAAACUUUCACAUUGAAGGUGCGUAGCAGCGAUAUCGAAGUCGACAACAGAUGGAUCGUACCGCAUUCCCCUAUACUUUCAAAAAUAUUCAAAGCUCAUAUAAAUGUCGAAUAUUGCAACUCCGUGAAAUCGAUGAAAUAUAUUUGCAAGUAUAUCAACAAAGGAAGCGAUAUGGCAGCUUUUGGUAUGAAAGAUCCUUCAGCUCCGAUUGACGAGAUCAAACAUUACCAAAUUGGACGAUACAUAAGCAGCAAUGAAGCCAUAUGGCGCAUUUUUUCUUUUCCCAUUCAUGAGAGAUAUCCAACCGUGGUUCACUUGGCAGUGCAUCUGGAGAAUGGACAGCGCGUGUAUUUCACAGCAACUAACAUUCAUUCCAAAGUUUUAUCUCUGCCGCGAGCAACCCUGACUGCCUUCUUCGCGCUAUGUGCGAAUGAUGAAUUCGCGAGUUCUCUGUUAUAUGUGGAAGUCCCGAGAUACUACACAUGGAAUACGGUGACGAAGAGUUUCAAACGACGUAAGCAGGGUAAACCGGUCGAGGGGUAUUUGGAUUUGUUUUCAUGCGAUGCUUUAGGUCGUCUUUAUACUGUACAUCCGAAUAAUCAAGAAUGUUUCUUUCUUCGCCUGUUGUUGGUCAACGUUCGAGGACCGAAUUCUUUCUCAGUCAGAGAAGUAAAACAACGUUUGAGCGCUGUAGUCAUACGUAAAAAAGCUCUACGUAUUUAA